GUGCCAUAUUUGAUUAUCGCAGUUAUUUACAAGUCAAUACCUACAUCGUAAUCGUUCUGACUAUUGUGAUUAUUGUUGAAUAACGUCGCAAAAAAGGUUACGAUUACAAGUGGAAGAGUCUCCUAGUGACGCCACCUCCUUUACGGCAAAUGGAAUAUGGCGGAGGGUGAGAAAUCCCUAGACGGACUGGAGCUCAGCAAGCAAUGGCUGGAGGCCGCAGACAGCAGGGCGGAGCUGUUCCGCUACCUGAAGGAGCAGGUGCCACAGAUCUUCUGCCUGAAGAAGGAGUCCACCCCUCAGGAGGAAGAGGAGCUCAUGCAGAGCCGACUCCUCUACCCUCUGGAGUGCUUCCUGUUUGGGGAGGAUCCUCAGGAGGGUCUGGAGAAGCUCAAGCAGGGCAGCACCUCCUCCCAACUCUGCGGACGUGUUUUUAAAGAGGGAGAGACGGUCUACUCCUGCAGGGAUUGUGCAAUAGAUCCCACUUGUGUCCUGUGCAUGGACUGCUUCCAGGAUAGCGUGCACAAAACCCAUCGUUACAAGAUGCACGCGUCAUCAGGAGGGGGCUUCUGUGAUUGUGGGGAUGUAGAAGCCUGGAAGAUUGGCCCCUGUUGCUCCAAACACGACCCAGGAGCAGACACUGCCAUGGUAACGGAUGAGUGUGGAGUGGAGCCCGAGUUAUACGAGCGUGCUGAGAGGCUGUUUCGGAUACUACUGCACUACGUCACAGAUUUCUUGGUGUGGGAGGAGAGCCACGACCUCUCAGCCGAGCUCCAGCCCCGGGCAAAAGACAAUGCAUACUACUGUGUACUGUACAAUGAUGAGCACCACUCGUACGACCAUGUGAUCUACACCCUGCAGCGCUCUGUUAACUGUGAUCAGGCUGAAGCGCAGACACACACAGCACUUAUUGACAAGGAGGGUCGACGGGCAGUAAAGAGAGGAACCCUUCGUUCCUGCCAACAAGCAAAAGAUCUCAUCAGGUCCAACUCGGAGCACAUUUCCCAGCAGCCACUACGUGUAGAGAUCCUUCACUCAGCAGUUAUGGCUCAUCAAAGUUUUGUUCUGCGCCUCGGCCCCUGGUUCCAAAAGAUCAUCGGUUACUCAGUGGGCUUCAGGCAGGCUUUCUGUCAGGUGGCACUAGAAACCAAUCCAGACGGGGACCAGCCUUGCCUCAUCAGCAAACUCAUGCUGCACGACGGCAAGAUGUACAAAGGUGCACGCAAGAUCGUCCAUGAACUGAUUUUCUGUAGCAUGCUAAUGGAGACAGAGUUCAAGAGGCUUUUUGCAAUUGAAUUUACAAAGCACUACAAGCAGCUGCAAAGGGACUUUAUAGUGGAUGACCAUGAGAGGAGCAUAUCCAUCACUGCUUUGUCUGUUCAAAUAUUCACUGUACCCACACUGGCCAGACAGCUCAUCGAAGUGGGCAAUGUCAUUAAAGUGAUAGUUGGUACAGUCAUGGAUUUGCUGCGUGAACAUCUGGAUGACAACAAUCGCUUCUUCUUCCUCGGCUACAACUCUGACAAAUUCUCACGCAUUCAGGUCAUCUUCCACGACCUCAGGUACAUCCUGAUCAGUAAACCCUCAGUAUGGACUGAAGAGCUGCGGACAGAGUUCAUGGAGGGAUUCAAAGUCUUUCUUGGGCUUCUCAAAUGCAUGCAGGGUAUGGAGGAGGUGAAGCGCCAGUUUGGUCAACACAUUGCGGUAGAGCCAGAAUGGGAGGCUGGCUUUUCUCUUCAGAUCCAGCUUCGCCACAUUCUUGCUAUGUUUCAGGACUGGUGUUCCUCUGAUGAGGAGAUAUUGAUGGUUGCAUUUAAAGAGUGCCACAGUGUCCUGAUGCAGUGCAAUAACCAGCCCUUCCAUAGAGAGGCCACCGACUACUACAUGUGCAAACACAUCAUCCAUGUUCAUCCAUACAAAGUGUCCCAAGAGCCUGUCAGCAUACACCUGCCCGUCUCCAGGCUACUAGCUGGUCUGUAUGUACUAAUGUGCAGAGCAGGGGCAGUUGAUCGUCUGGAUAAUCUUGAGGGCUUUGACCGCACCCAGCUGGUGGAGCAUCCUCUGCGCUGUGUGGUGCUGGCUGCUCAGGUCUCUGCUGAAAUGUGGCGGAGAAAUGGGCUCUCAUUGGUCAGCCAGGUCUACUACUAUCAGGAUGUAAAAUGCAGGGACGAGAUGUACGAUAAGGACAUUCUCAUGCUACAGAUUGCUGCUUCCAAAAUGGACCCCAACCACUUCCUCAUGCUGGUCUUGUUGAGAUUCGAGCUCUUUGAUUAUUUCAAUGGAAGUUGUUCAAGCAAAGACCAGGAUGAGCUGAUACAGUGGAACCGCCUGACAGAGGAGAUGCUGUACCUCCUUAUCGUCAUCACAGGCGAGCGAUAUGUCCCCGGUGUCAGUGAGGUGACCAAAGAGGACGUGACGAUGAGGGAGGUUAUCCACCUGCUGUGCAUUGAGCCCAUGGCUCACAGUAGCCUGGUCAAAGGUCUGCCAGAGAACGAGAGCCACGAAACCGGCCUGGAGUCUGUAAUUACCAAAGUUGCCACCUUCAAAAAACCCGGAGUUUCAGGGCAUGGAUUGUAUGGAGUAAAAAAAGAGCUUCUGGUAGAAUUCAAUCCUUUCUUCUACCACUACUCAAGAUCACAGCAUAGCAAGGCUGAAGAGUCUCAGAAGAAGAGGAGGACUCACGAGGGCAAUGACAAAGCUCUGCGUCCUCCGAUGCCCCCCCCCUUCUGCCCAGCUUUCUCCAGCGUAGUGCGUCUGCUCUGCUGCGACAUUAUCAUCCACGUCCUGAGGCGUGUCCUGCAGAGAGCUGCAGAGGACCGGGCCACCCAUUGGACAGAAGCCAUGAUCCAGAGGGCCCUGCACUUGAUAGGCCAGGCAUUGCUUGAAGAGAAAUCACAGCUUGAAGAGAGCACUGAUGAGGAGGUGAUUUUUGAUUUCAGCCUCAAGGCCCGCAGAAUCGGUUCAGAACAUGGGAAGUCAGUAUUUCUCUUGCUGUCCAAGAUCAAGGCUGUUCCUUCCCUCGAAGCCCAAAAAGACAUGGUCAAAUGGGUACUACAGAUGUUUGAGAUUGUCAAGUGCCUUAGAGAGAAGUCCAGUCCCUCUGCCUCCAUGAGCAUGGAUACCAGCAAGCCAGAGGAGAGUGCUCAGGACAAAGAGAAAGCUGAGCGCAAAAGAAAGGCCGAAGCAGCCAAACUCCACCGGCAGAAGAUUAUGGCUCAGAUGUCAGCGAUGCAGAAAAACUUCAUAGAGUCAAACAAGAUGCUGUAUGAAAACAUGCCAGAGAGCGGGACACAGGGAGAGCCUGUGACAACUCCUGAGAACUGCGCCAUGGAGCACAGGGAGCUGUGUGUUGCCGUGGGGCCCCUACGAGGCUGCUCCCCGGCCGAGAGGGAGGUGCUCACCUGCAUCCUGUGCCAGGAGGAACAGGAGGUGGUGGCCCAGGCUCCAGCCAUGGUACUGACUGCGUGUGUCCAGAGGUCCACAGUGCUGACGCAGUGCAGAGGAAAGAUACCGGCCAACAGAGCAGAUGGGACAGGGGCAUCAUAUCCCCUCUUCAUGACUCCUGAACUGGCAGUUGGGACCCACACGGGCAGCUGUGGACACGUCAUGCAUGCCACAUGUUGGCAGAAAUAUUUUGAGGCAGUUCAGAACAUGACCAGGAACCGGCUUCACGCUGAGCUGAUCAUCGACCUGGAGAACGGGGAGUACUUGUGUCCCCUGUGCAAAUCUCUGUGCAACACUGUGGUCCCUCUCAUCCCGUUUGAAACACUAACAUUUAACUAUGAAAAUGCAGAGAUAAUUGGACAUCAUUUGACCCUGCCUCGCUGGAUCCAGAUCCUCUCUGCCAGGAUUAAAGGACUCAAGUCUGUUGCUCAGGAUAAUGAGUGCAACACACAGGCCAGCAGUGUUGAUGUGGACACGGGGCUGUGUGGGGAGGGUCAGCCAGACUUCAGAUCCAUUCUGAGCUACGGAGUACAAGAACCGAGGAAGUUCUCCGACAGCAUAGUGGAGAUGCUGGUUGUCUGCGCCACCACGGUUCACAGGGUGGGUCUGCAGACGGGACCCAAUGAGCUGUGCCCACGUGUGCCCCUUAUGGCUUGGAACACAUGUGCCUUCACUAUACAGGCCAUAGAAAACAUAUUGCAGGAAGAGGGCAAGCCACUCUUUGGGUCCUUGCAGAACAGACAGCUUGCAGGUCUGAAGGCGAUUGUUCAGUUUUCAGCAGCUCAGAGACUAAAGAGCUCCCAGGCUGUCAUUCAAAGGCACUUCAACGACAUGUUGGGAGUCUUGCUACCGGUCAUAGGCAGAAAGAACACGCCUUCUAUCCUGGAGGUCGACUUCUUCCAUCUUCUGGUGGGCUUGGUGUUGUCUAUACCCUCACUGUAUCAGGAGGAGGCUGUAGACCUACAGCCGUCAGCCGUCAGCUCCGCCUACAACCACCUGCACAUCCUGCACAUGGUCACCAUGGCUCACAUGCUGCAGGUCCUCCUGUCCUCUACAGAUUUCCCUGCAGUAGCUGGAGAGGAAACAGAGGAGACGAGGGCUGCAGCAGAGCUGUACGCUGCAGUGUCACAUCACACCGACAGGCUGAAUCCAGAUGUGUCCGGCAGCUCUGUGGCAGAAAGAGUAAAGAGAGGAAUGGAACCUUUCCUGCGCUGUGCUGCUCUCUUUUUCAAUUGCCUUACAGGAGUCAAUCCUCCAGAGGAGCUUUCUAGUACUGCAGUUACCUCUCAAGGACAGAUGGAGGCGCUAUGCAGCUACUUGGCACUUCCCUCCAAUGUUUUCCAGCUCUUCCAGGAGCACAGAGACUCCGUUACUCCACUGCUGCAGAGGUGGUGCGGGAACCCAGCUGUUACCAAAGCCCUGAGAGGCAAAAUCCAGACCGUCAGAUACCCCAGAAGAAGGAAUCGUCUGAUUGAUCUUCCUGAGGAUUACAGUGCUCUCCUCAAUCAAGCAUGCCAUUUUCAGUGCCCCAAGUCCACAGACGAUGACAGGAAGCACCCGACCCUGUGCCUGUUCUGCGGGGCCAUGCUGUGCUCUCAGAGCUCCUGCUGCCUCAGCCAGCUGGAUGGAGAGGAUGUGGGGGCCUGCACCGCCCACGCUGCUACCUGUGGAGCCGGAGUGGGCAUGUUCCUCAGGAUAAGAGAGUGUGAAAUUGUACUGAUGGCCAGUAAGACUCGAGGAAGCACUUACCCCGCUCCUUACCUGGAUGAUUAUGGGGAGACUGAUCCUCACCUUGGAAGGGGCAAUCCACUGCACCUUUGCCCAGAGCGCUACAGGAAGCUGAACCAGCUGUGGCAGCAGCACUGCAUCCUGGAAGAAAUCGCCCGCAGCCUGGAGGUGGUCAACGUUAUGUUUGCCUUUGAGUGGCAGAUGUUGUGAUGAUUGCUCCAGAUGUGGUGGCCGGGAAGUAAAGAGCACAGCCAUAGAGCACACCCUGCUCCGGUGCUCCUAGGGCACAAACACACAUACACACACACACACACGCACGCAUGCACACACACAUAGAAACCUCCUACAAUCAAAGGAGGUCUGAGCAGCCACCCCCUCCCUGAUGAAACCCCUGCUGGAGUAUAGAGAGGUGGGAUGGUCGGAGGAAGAAUAGUGGAGCGAGAUGAAUAAUAAGUAAACCCAAGUCGCCUUGUUUUAAUUUGAUUGUCUGCUGUGACAGUGAGUUUCUCCCAGAGUAAUGUUAUUUGCAAGAGGCUCCUUCAAAUAAAGACAAAAAUCAGUUACACACCAACAUGUUUCAGUUAUCCAUUUAUAUAUUUGACUUCCCUCGGUAAUGCUGUGAAUUUUCUGCAUUCUCUUUUGGUGUUAGACACUAUGAUUUGUCAUGAGUUAUAACAGUUAUAUAAUGCUGUUUUAAAAAAGGUACAUUUGUUUGGAAAUCAGGCGCGUUUAGAGACAUCACACAUUUGAGCUUUUGCCCAUUCAUUAUGUAGACAGUCCAGAUGAUGAAGCCACGUCCUAACGUCACCUUUACUCGCAUAUAGGAGCAUAUGUAAGGAAUAAAGAAUAUACAUUUUUUUCAAGUUGUAUUUAAACAAAUCCAGUAUUCUGAAGGAUACAGUGACGAUCCCACAUUUUUUCCUGAAAAAGAGAUGCAUUGAAUGAUAAACAGACACUUUUCUGAAUAUUUCAGCCACAUUUCCUCGCUGACCCUAAGAAUUAGUGAGCGAACAAUAUAAAACCCUCCCUACCAUAUAUAGUAUUAUAAAAUGCCCUUUUAUAAAUACAAAAAAAAAGUUUAGGCCAAAGUGAUUCUUCUUAUAAUUAUCUGAUAUCCAGUGUACAUUUGUUAUGAUGGAACGUAUAGAGGGGACCAUUGCUAGUCACAAUUCUCCACGUGGUGGUAAUCCAAUUUAUACAAAUGGAAAUUAAGUUAAAAUAUUUUCUUUUUAGGAAAAACUUUAUAUUGAACACAAUAUAAGAUAGUAUAUCUUUUAUUUUCAGUUACUCAUCCAUCAUUCAGCCUUUUCAGGAAAUGUGUGAAUAUAAAUGUCCUCUGUGUUGUUUGACAGACCUACAUGACUUCCAGGCUGUGGAAAUAAAGACAUUGGCCUAUAUACUGAU